AUGGACACCGGCGGACUGAGCGCCUUUUCCGAGUCCUAUGAGGAGGCCCGCGGGAAGUUCCUGGCGGCCGCCCAGGCGGCCGGCGCCGAGCUGGUGGCGUUGCCGGUCACGGAGGACGAGCAGGGGAAGUACUCCAUCGACAUCGCGAUCUGCGCCAGCAAGAGUGCUGGACCUGCGCGUGGUCUGGUGGUCAUCUCCAGUGGAGUCCAUGGUGUGGAAGGCUACGCGGGCAGUGCGAUUCAGAUCUCCUUGCUGAAGCAAUGGAAGGCGAGCGUCGCGGACACAGAGCGCCGUGCGUCGAGCCGCGCGGCUUGCGAGCGAAGACGAGCCGGGCGGGACAGUUGGAUUGGUGAGGAGAUGUGCAAGGGCUUGCUGGGGUACCUGUGUGACCCAAGCUGCAGUGCCGUGCGCUGCUUGGAUUUUGAAUCUGCUCAGCACUUGAUCUUCUACAAGUACAACUACUAUGGGAUGUUGAUUGGCAGAUACUCUGUUGCAAGCUUCGUCAAGGCAUGUGCAUCAGAACAGGGGGCAACAAGACUUGCACGACAAGUGGCCCAGGUUAUUUUUGAGAUGGCCGCAUUGGCGGAAAAGGACAGGGGCAAUGCCUCCUUCAAGAGCAGCAAUUUUGAACAGGCCUUGGCGAGCUAUACCAAGGCCCUUGUUUUGCUUGGCUUCAGAAAGUCCACAGACGGUGAGAAAGGCAUUUUUCCCCAAACGUCUCAAGAAUUUCCAAAGAGAAGUUUGGAGCUUUCAAUGGCGCUGCUCAGCAAUCGCAGCUUGUGUUUCUUGAAGCUGGGGCACACGCUUGAUGCCAUUGCAGACGCAGAAGAAGCAGUCAAUCGCAUGGACUUUACCGCUGGAACUCCGACCAACAUUCCCGCGUUUGUGAAGGCCAAGCAUCGGCUGGCCACUGCGCUCAUGCGGGCGGGGCGUUUCAAGGAGUCCUUGGGCCACUUGGAUGCCAUCGACCAAUUGAAUGGGAACCGCACUGCGACAAUUGAGUUGAGGGGAGUCAUCAAGAGCCUGCGCCAGAACUGUUCAGCAGCAAACUCUGGGUAUUCCACCUUGACGGAGCACUUGAAGGAGCUGAAGACUGGUCUUAUGCAAGACCUCCUAGUGACAGAUGCAGAGGCAGGUUGGUUUGUCAUUCGAGAACAUUUUUGCAACUAUCCGUUGCUCUUCCUCCUGGAUAUGCCUGACCUGCGCAAGCGCAUGCUGAAGCUGCCUGGGAAGAUGUUGAACUUGAUGGCCAUGGUUCAGCGGGCGCAGGAUCCGUUGAAUCCGUACACGGGUGGGAAGAUGACUAGCUUCAAUGUGAGUAAGCUGGAGGGCAUGGUUGAGAAUGCAUACCUUCAGUCCGAGAAUGAGCGGGAACAGCGUCAGGCUGUCCUCAAUCUAGCAGCCAAUUCCCAGACAGGGGCAUCGGCUGAAGCCUUUGCAAGCGAAUUGGGGGUGAGUUUGGAGGAUCAUCCCGAACAGGAAGAAGUACACCAACAGCUAAUUCUGCUGAUGCGCUUCAUCCUGGCCUAUUUGCAACUAGAUGACUUUCAAUGGGACGCAGCCAAAAGAACGUUGCAUCGUUUGAUAUUCCAUGUCACAGUUCAUCCGAAAGCUCCGAAGUAUUUCCCGGAUCACAUCAAUCGAACAAAGAGUCCGGAAAGGACAGAUUUCAAGAAUCCCUACCUUGGCUCACAAGAAUUGGACAUCGUCGCUUUCCCAAAAUGGUACUUGGCUGAAUUGCAGCACCUCCUAGCACUUUGUGAAUGUGGGCGUGGAGAUUUCCGAUCCUGCCAAAGAGCCAUCGAGUGCUACUUCGACCUUGUUCCGAGAACUUUUCAAGACAGGAACUCUGAAAGUGCUCUCUUCUUAAAGGCGUGGGCAGAGCUAAAACCUCUACAACUGGAGCGGCCCAGAGACUUUGCCCAGAUUCGAGAACAGCGAAGAAAGGCUUUACUGAAAGAGACGAUGCCGAUUUGGAAAGCUCUAGAGGCUUCAUACAGCAAAGAUUGCGCAGGGGCGUUUGACACAGAGACAUGGGUGGAGGCACGCUUCUAUCAUGACCUUGGCUUUAACCCUUUACCAGAGUCAUUUCAGGAGAUCCAAAACAAUCUGCAGCAACAACGGAAGAUGCAAAUGCCCAGUUUUGGUGAUGACGACCCCUUUGAGUCCUUCCAGAAUUUGGAGUUCUUCGUUGGCCGGGCAGCGGGCGUCACGGUUCGCUUCCACACGUCCAGCGAGGAGAAGGCUCGAGACUCUCGACGAGGUCGAGCUCCGAGCAACUUCGGGGCCUUUCGUGGGCAAGGUGCCUUCGCGAUGCCUGAUAUGGAGAACGAGUUGUAUGAAAUGCAGCAGAAGCUGUUUGCCUCAGUGCUUGGAGCUUUUGGACCACGUGGAGGUGGACUCUUUGGAGGGGCGCCUGCAGAUUCAGAGGAAGAAGAUGAAGAAGAGGAGGAAGAGGAAGAAGAGGAGAAAGAGGAAGAGGAGGAAGAGAACAGUCAACCCUUGCGGAACCCCUACGGCAUGGCCCACUUCCGGCGCUUUAACGAGAACAAUGUGGACCUGAACCGGAACUGCUUGCUGCCGGAGCAGUUCGAGCGGCUCCGAAGGAGCGAUGUCAUGGCACCUGUCUAUGGCUACUUCGAUCCCCUUUUCAAUCCGACGGUGCCGCCUGGGGCCUUCUAUCGCAACAUAGGUGUUUGGUUUGAGAUGGCGGGCUAUGUGGCGAGGUAUGGCAUCGGCUAUAUCAAGAACGCCCUCGUCGCGGGCACCUACCAACACGAGAAAGGCAUCUUCUUUGGAGGCAAAGAGCUUCAGCCGUCGCAUGUGCUGCUGCGGGACUUCAUGACAAAGCGCUUUGGCACUACGAAAGCAGCUGAAGUGGCCUGGGUGGACGUGCACACAGGGCUGGGACCCACAGGUGUUGAUGUGAUGUUGGGCACCAAGACUGCUCGGGAGAUGGAGGAGCUCUUUCCCAAAGUGGAGGGCGAGUGUGAUGGCUACCAAGCCUUGGGCAUGAAGGUGGAGAGUGUACUUGAGAAGCGCUGUGGGAGCAACGACGUGACUCUGAACCAAUCGGGCUUGAGCGCCUCGCAGAGCGCCGGCUACGAGUUCACAGUGGGCGUGUUGUCGUCCGAAUGGGUGACUCAAUUCUUUGCCAAAGACUCUGGAGAAGUGUUGCAGGUGGCCCAGGAGUUUGGGACCUUGGGAAACCUCACCGUGGCCCGAGCGAUGAUGCUCGAGAACUGCGGAUACCACUACGACCGAGCGAACCACGAGUACUGGCGGAGCUUCACGCGUGAUGCCUUCUACGUCCGCACAGAGGACUGGAAGCUUCGCGUCCUGCGCCGCGGCGAGGCGGUGUUCCGCCGCCUCGCGGAACGCGUCGCGGCGCCGUGA